AGUUUUUCCCUCUUAAAUCCAAAUUGAUUGUUAUUGUUCAAUAAUAUAAUGUAUUAGACUGCAGUAACAAUAAGAAACUUCUUGUUUUUUACCACUGUCUGCUUUCCACGUAUUUGGCACGAAACAUUUGGUUUCUGGCUUGUUGACUGUCACUAAGAUUCUAAACCAGCAGAUUUCAGUUUAUAUAUAUUCAGCUAUAAUCUAACAAAACAUCUCCACAGCCAUUGUUUAUUAGUUUGAAAGAAGGAAACGUAACAGAACACUGUUGGAAUGUGGACAAUCCUCCUGACACGCUCUUACCCAGAGCUAACAUAAAUAAUAGUACCGCAGAGGGAGGUGCCGAGGGGACCAAGCAAACAUACGGGAAGUCAGAGAAAGAUCUGUGACAAGCAGGAGCACUGAUAGAAGAGACCGCCAGACACUUUUCAAGAAUGGAUCCGCCUCGUCCAGAGCUCUUUGACUUCCAUGGUGUCUCUAUGACACAUUACUUCACGGACAACUGGGAAAAUGUCCAGAACUUCAAAGCCAGACCAGACGAUAUCGUCAUUGCCACUUACCCUAAAGCAGGUACCACUUGGGUUGCCUACAUUCUCGACCUACUGUAUUUUCGUCAGACGAUGCCUGAGCGCGAGUCCACCGUCCCAAUUUAUGACAGAAUCCCAUUUUUGGAGAUGAUUAUGCCCUCCUAUCCUUUAGGGACAGAGAUGGCUGAUACAUUGUCCACGUCUCCUCGCAUCAUCAAAACUCAUUUGCCUGUUCAGUUCAUUCCCAAAUCCUUCUGGGAGCAGAACUGCAAGAUUGUCUAUUGUGCUCGCAACGCCAAAGACAAUGCUGUGUCCUAUUUCCACUUUGACCGCAUGGAAAAGUUACAACCUGAGCCAGGAGACUGGAGCACUUUUCUACAGAGAUUCAAAGAAGGAAAGAUGGUGUUUGGCUCCUGGUAUGACCAUGUGUGUGGGUGGUGGGAGAAGAAACAGACAUACUCCAAAAUACACUACAUGUUCUUCGAGGAUCUGGUGGAGGACACUGGACGUGAGAUAAAGCGCCUUUGCUCCUUCCUCGGUUUGUCCACGUCAGAAGAAGAAAAGGAGAAAAUCAGAGGAGAUGUUCAGUUUGAUGUCAUGAAGGCGAAUCCUAUGACUAACCUCACUGAUGACGGAAGUCUAGACUUCAGUGUCUCUCAAUUCCUGCGGAAAGGUAAAGUUGGUGACUGGAAGAACCACUUCACUGUGGCUCAGAAUGAGCAGUUUGACGAACACUACAAACAGAAGAUGAAAAACACCGCCCUCCGAUUCCGAACAGUGCUAUAGAGAGCUUUUGUGGCAGGGUAAAGAGAGGGAAAGAAGACAAAAAGGGAAAACAUCUGGCCAGCAAUGCCUUGAACUUGAAACAAUUCAGGAAAGUGAAAGAAAAUCAAGAAGUGUUUCAAUCAUAUUAAUAUAAUGGUAGCAACUGUUUUUCUUAUGUUUAAAUAAAAGAGCAAACACAAAAUAUUCUUGUACAUCAGGUUUAAUCAAACCAAAAUGAGGCUUCAGCACAAAAAUACAUCAGCAUUGAGAGAAAGAGGGAACACGUUUCAGUCUUCAAAGAACACGAUGGACUCAAAAAUGCUUCGCAAUCAUGUACUGAAUACAUCUGCACUAUGGCACUGAAUCAUUAUGAUAACAACUACAAGGAUACUGUCAAUAAGUGACAAGAAACCAACCCAGCAAAAGGGUGGGAUGGGCAGAGUCAAGACACCAUCAUUACACCUGAUUGGAUCAUGGGACAGCACAAAGAAGAUGUUUAAAUUAGCAGAUAUACUCAGUUCUGUAAUCACAGGUAAGCAUGGAACAGAGUGCACAAACUUUAAACCAGUCGUAGUAUUUUCACAGUCAGAUUUUGUCAGGUUUCUAAGCCAGCUAACGUAUCUUCAGGCAUUAACCAAGAAACAGAUAACACAGAGUAUAAGA